AGUAUCGAUAUCAUCCUGUCGACUAUAUAAUUCAGUUACUAUAUCGCCUAAGUGUGGGAGUUAACAGGAGCGAAAAGAGGAAAAACUACGCCACAAGGGCAUUAAAAACAAAUAAUUCCCAGGUGUAUCCGCCUGGAAGAGGGAAAACAAAGUCUUGGUGGUUCUGGUGAAUUUUAUGGGAAAGGAUUAACAUCAUAUUAUUUUGAAGGAGCAAGGAAUUGAAUCAGGAAUUGAAAAUGCCAAGCACAAGACGUUUGAUCCUUGGACACGUCAUGUCCGGACUAUGCUCAAAAAUGAACAGAACCAAACAUUUGCCUGCGGAUAUCAUGGAGACUCCGCUGAAUCGAUGUUUGAAUACGUUCGAUAUCACAUUGCUUGGUAUUGGUCACAUGGUUGGAGCUGGAAUCUACGUCCUUACCGGUACCGUAGCCAAAGAAAUUGCAGGUCCUGGUAUCGUUCUCUCCUUCAUCCUAGCUGGAAUUGUAUCAAUGCUUGCAGCCCUAUGCUAUGCCGAAUUCGGAACCAGAUUACCAAAAGCCGGAUCAGCCUAUGUCUUCACAUACAUCUCAAUCGGAGAGUUUUGGGCCUUCAUCAUCGGAUGGAAUAUCCUUCUAGAGCACAUGCUAGGAGCGGCAUCUGUCGCACGUGCAUGGAGUGGUUACGUGGACUCAAUGCUAGGUGGAUGGCUGGCUAAUAAAACAGUAUCAAUAACGGGAGAACUGCAUGAACAACUUUUUACCAAAUAUCCUGACGUUUUGGCAUUUGUAGUUUGUCUGUGUUAUGCAGCUGCGUUAGGAACUGGUGUUAAGGCAACUGCGGUUCUGAAUGGAUUUUUGACUUCAAUGAAUAUUGUGGUAAUGAUUCUGGUGAUAUCUUUAGGAUUCUGGUAUGCUAACCCGAAGAACUGGACUGAAGCCGAGGGUGGAUUUAUGCCAUAUGGAUUCGGUGGAGUUGUGGCAGGUGCAGCAACUUGUUUCUAUGCAUUUGUUGGGUUUGAUAGUAUAGCAACGAGUGGAGAAGAAGCCAAAAAUCCUAGUUCUUCGAUACCAUUAGCUACUAUCCUAUCAUUAUCUGCAGUCACAGUGGGAUAUGUAUUAGUCAGUGCAGCUUUGACGUUGAUGAUUCCCAUUAGAGAUAUAAAUCCUACUGCUUCCUUGCCAGAUGCAUUUGGAACUCUGGAUCUUCCCUGGGCUAAAUAUGCAAUCUCCAUAGGAGCACUUUGUGGAAUGACAACUACUCUCCUUGGAUCACUUUUUGCUUUGCCCAGAUGUAUGUAUGCUAUGGCUUCUGAUGGUCUACUCUUUUCAUUCCUUGGGAAAGUGAAUGCGGCCACCCAAGUUCCACUACUUAACUUGGCCGUGUCUGGAUUGUGCAGUGCCCUUCUUGCACUCUUGUUCGAUUUGGAAAAACUGGUAGAAUUUAUGUCGAUCGGGACACUUUUGGCCUACACAAUAGUAAGUGCAAGUGUUAUUAUUUUACGGUAUCGUCCGCCACCGGUAGAAGAGAAUGUUACUUAUGCACCAGAUACUCCUGACGAUGAGGAUGACAAUACCUCACAAUCCAGUAUAGAUACGGCUUCUCCGACUAGUGACCUAAUUGAGGUAGCUCUGGCCGGACGAUUACGUCCGCAGUUUCGUUGGUUGGAACCAUUGCUAGGGCGAUUUGAACCGGGGGCUGCUCCAUCAGCUGCAGUUCUCCUAUUCUCCGUACUAAGUGCUGCCAUUUGCUUCCAGCUAGAAAUGUCCUGGACGGAACUUUAUGAGGGAACAUGGUGGGCCUUAAUACUUUAUGGCUUCCUGAUUUUCUGCAUUGUUGCAUGUGUCGUUGUGAUUGCUGCUCAUCAUCAAAAUACCCGAGGAUUACAGUUCAAAGUGCCCUUGGUUCCGUAUAUUCCAGCGCUCAGCAUUUUCUGCAAUAUAGAGCUUAUGGUUCAUCUUAGCCCUCUCACAUGGCUCAGGUUUUUCAUUUGGAUUUCAAUCGGGAUGCUUGUCUAUUUCCUCUAUGGAAUUCAUCAUAGUAAAGAGGGUGAAUCUGGAACUUCAUAUUCAAUGCUAAUGACAUCGUCGGAAGCUACAAAAGGACAUUGGGGUGCAACUGCAGCUGCAGCCAAGACUGCCUUAGAGAGAAUUUCACGACGGAAAUCUGAAGAUAAAAAGCCAAUUGUUGAGGACGAUGAGGAGGAACCGUGAAAUGACUGCUACAGAGUGAAGGGCUGUGCCGCACAAUCUGACCUGAUUUAGUGAAUUUUAUGCAAUAUUUUAAGAGAAGACAAGUUUUGAUGAAUUUGAUGUUGUCUACUGGAUUUUGUUUUCUGGUCGGCCUAAGUUUAGUAAAAAUCAGUUUGCUUGAGUAGUUUUUCUAUGGUGGAUUUUUUUGAAAUACAAAAAAGUUUGAAACUAGAUUAACUUUGCCUUCCCAUCACUCAACAAUCUUUUGCACCUAAUAUGCUUCCUCGAUCUAUUAUAUUAAAAUCUUAGAUAGACAUUAACCCAUGUCGGCUGGCUUGUUAAUCACAGUGAGUUGUAACGAGUCAGCACCUGAACAUUGUCCUUUGUACCAUUGGAAACUUUUCAUUCAUGUCUUUCAUUUUCUUAUGAAAGUUUGUCGAAAUACUUUUGUAGCCCCUUCAACAAGGCAACUUCGACCCCUUGGAAGCAAAUGACCUCAUAUCGACUAGACUUCUUGCUCCUCGUCUUGAAUCCAAGCAAUUUAAACUUUUAUCCAAAAAAAAAUUCAAGCUGGGUCUACACAUGUUUCUAUGAAUUCUUCUGCCUAGAUUCAGGGAGGUGCUGCUAGGGGAUGCGAAGUCAAUAAAACUAUCAUCGAACUGUUGUCUGCAGACCAGGAUAAGAGGUACAAUAUUUUCCUUGGCUCCUCAUCCCCUAGUGAAUGGAACACCCUCAUUUUUAUUUAACUUUAACAGAAAAACAACUACUUAAGGGUAGUGAUUCUGCCAAAGUUCCCACCCUUUGUCUUUUUCUCUUUCUUUAAAUAAUGAGAAUUUUGUUACAAACCCAACACUUUUUACUGUCAAAUAUGAAAAAUUUGGACUGAGACGAAAAAUUCAAUUGCAGCUUUCACCCAGCCGGAAAACUGCAAUUGAAUAUAUGCAAUUGAGAAAUUAUGUAUAUUUAAAGUAAUUUAUCUGAUAUGCGAGAGAUAUCUACCCUUUUACAUUCGACCUACACUUCGGUCUUCUGAAGAAUCUCAUUAAAGUUUUGGAGAUCUUUGAAUUAUCUCAGUCUCAUUUCUGUCUAAACUCUGCAAUUUUAACUAACGAAAAGUUCAGAACACAACCAGAUUCUAGCGGAACACAACUUACAAUAGAUACAAAAUCGUGAUAAGAUGAUAACUACCAUAAAGAUAAAAUAAAAACAUGGAAUUUGAGAACUUAUUGAGAGACCAUCCAACAAACCAAGCAACCAGCAAUAGUAAGUCUCAUCUUGAAAUCUAUUAUUGAAUAUAUUAAUAACAAUUGAAAAAGAAAAGCAAAUAAUAUCUAUUAAUAUAUUCUAUUGAUGUUAUCACCAUGAAAUGUUUAUCUGAAUUGAAAUAUUAUAAAUUAUUGUAUUACAUAUUAUGAUAAACAGAUUUAUUAAAAAAAAUCCUAUAUAGUGGAGCUGAAAAUAGUAUAAAUGGUGGAAUUAUUUAAGUUCAUAAAUAAUAUUGUAAGGGAAUAUGUACAGAAAUAAAGACGAAAUAAUUGGUUGAGCAAAUCAGAGUUCAUUGUUAAUUUACAGAGCCUG